AUGACUUCUGGAGAUGCCAAACUUGCUGCCAACGAUCGUCUAAAACUCAGUUUUGUCGAAGAUGUGCAGGCUUCUGAGGUUCGUCAGCACGAGGCGGAGUCAUCGACGGCCGACCCCGACGUCGCUGGAACGAUCUUGGGUGAGCCCAAUGUCAGGAGAAGUAUUGGGCUUUUAACAAUGAUAGCAUUGUGCUUCAACAUUUGCAGCAGUUGGGCUGGUCUGUCUACUAGCAUUCAGAUCGCCUUAUCGCAAGGUGGCCCUGUGACUCUGAUCUACGGAACGAUUCUCAUCACUGCAAUAUAUCUGUGCAUCAGCCUUCUCAUCGCAGAGCUGGGAAGUGUAUAUCCCACUGCCGGUGGUCAGUAUCAUUUCACCUCUAUAUUGGCUCCUAAAAGAAUGACUCGGUCCUUGUCAUACGCUUGCGGCUUCAUUACAAUAUUCCAGUGGGUUUCCAGUGGUGCAGCGGUGAUGGUCAUCACGGCGACCCAAAUAAUGGCGCUUGUUGGAUACUUCAACCCGGGGGCCCAAGGAGAAGCGUGGCACCUUUUUCUCAUCUACCAAGCAAUAGGGGUACUAGCCCUAUUUUACAACCUCUUAAUCCUGAAUAGACUACCUGUGACGCAUACCAUUGGCUUCAUACUCAGCAUCGCCAUAUUUUUGGCCACUUUUAUCGGAAUCUUAGGCCGUGCAUCUCCUAAGGCUACCCACGAAUUCGUUUGGACUACUUUCAUCAACAAAACCGGCUGGCCCAACGGUGUUUGUUUCUUGACGGGCCUUAUCACCCCUGCCUUCAUGUAUGGUGGGCUCGAUGGUGCCCUACACUUGUCUGAAGAGGCGAAGAACCCUCGGAAGAUUGUGCCGCGAGCCUGUGUCGGUGUCAUUAUCGUCGGAUUUUGUACGGCUUUCCCUUUCGCGAUCGCUCUGCUUUACAGCAUCAGUGAUUUCCAAACUAUUACCGAAAGUUCGGGAUUCGUUCCCUUCGAGAUUAAUGCUCAAGGGCUACGAUCUGCCGAUGCUGCUGCAGCUCUGUUGUGCGCAGGGUGUGUUUUGGGUUUCUUCAUUCUCAAUGCACUACUCCAGAGCUCGUCUCGUCUUGUAUGGUCCUUUGCCAGAGAUGAUGGAUUUGCGUUCUCCCACAUCAUUCGCCGUAUUCAUCCAGUAUUGAAUGUCCCUGUCUGGGCUACUUUCCUGAAUUGGCUCUUACUCGCACUCUGUGGCUUUCUGAUUCUGGCGUCUUCGAUAGGCGACGUUCAGAAAAAUUACACACCAGUCGUGCUUGCCCUCAUCGGCAUCUUGGGACUGAUCAACUGGGUUGUAUACGCCCGUAAGCAUUUCAAAGGACCGCGUAUUCUAUUGGAGGAUCAGCCAGUGUCUGGGCUUGAGGUCAGAGUCGAAUAG